UAACUUCUCAAGACUCAGCUGAAAUUACUCAAAGUGGGUUUGACCGGGGCUGAUGAGAAGACCACAAACCUUAAUGCAUAAGGCUGAUUAAACACUCACACACACGCACACACACACACAGUACUCCGUCAUGGUUGAGUCCUGUGUGGAGGGACCAGCCUUGGCAGAGUGCAGCCUUUCACAAACAGCUCUGUGCGCAUCCAGGGACGUGCCCUGAGUGGACAAAUCAUGCCAAUUGUCUGGGAGAGGAACCCAGCGUUAGACCCAAGAUGAAGGCAGGGAGGGAGGCUUUCUCGAAUGCGUUGGCCACCCCAGCACUUUUGCCAGUCUUGUGCCUGCUUGUCGCUUCCCGAUCAGGUGAAGUACAGGGAGUAAACAUCACCAGUCAAGGCCCCUUGAUCCGAGGCACCCUGGGGGGGGAAGCUCUACUAUCGGUCCGCUACAGCAGCACCAGCUCUGACCGGCCUGUCAUCAAGUGGCAGCUGAAGAGGGACAAGCCUGUGACCGUGGUGCAGUCCAUCGGUACAGAGAUUAUAGGCAACCUGCGGCCCGAGUACAAGGACCGCAUCGUGAUCUUCGAAAACGGCACGCUGUUGCUGCACAACCUGAAGCUGUCCGAUGAGGGUGCCUACGAGGUGGAGAUCUCCAUCACAGACGACACCUUCACCGGGGAGGGCAGCAUCAACCUCACUGUGGACGAGCCCGUGUCCAGGCCGUAUGUCCACAUGGUAGCCUCCACAGUGCUGGAGCUGAGCGAGCGCUUCACACUCAACUGCUCCCACGAGAACGGAACCAAGGCUGUCUACAGCUGGCUCAAGGGUGGCAAGCCACUAGCCAAUGACUCACGCCUGCAGCUGUCACCUGACCAGAAGGUCCUAACCAUUACUCGGGUGCUUAUGUCAGAUGAUGAUGUCUACAGCUGCACAGUGGAGAACCCUAUCAGCAGCAUGAAGAGUUUGCCUGUGAAGCUCACAGUCUACAGACGGAGCUCACUUUAUAUCAUUCUGUCCACUGGCGGCAUUUUCCUCCUCAUCACCCUGGUGACUGUGUGUGCCUGCUGGAAACCAACCAAAAAACAGAAGCGUCAGCGGGCCAAGCAGAGCACUUCUGACAUUGUGGAGCACAAUGAAACGCAGCAUGAGGUGGAUGUUGUGCCAAAAAUGACCGAACAUGAGUGCAAAAACCCAGUAGCUCUUUACAUCCUGAAAGGGAAGAAUUCUCCCGAUGGGGAAGACAAUGGCCCCGAAGAUUUGCGCAUCCCCUCAGAGCCCAGCAGUCCCCCAAGUUACAGCAGCUCCCUGCCCCCUUCCUCUCGGUCCCCUGAUCCUCCUGCCCGCUCCUCUCGCAGGUACCCUCGCACCCCAGCCAGCUCCCCUCCCUCACACCACCACAAGGCCCUGGGCCACGCUUCCGGUUCCCCGCCACGCAGUGCACGCAGCUCCACUCGUUCGAUCCGCACUCCUGCCGGUGCGUCCAAUGUCCGCCAUUUGGAGGAGCCCGCCCCUCCCACAGAGAACGAAGCCCAGACUCCGCCCUAAUUCUCUAGCCCCGCCUCCUUCAACUGAUUGACAUGACAGAGAGCCAUUCAAAUCUUGGUGAAAUGAAUAUGCGGGUGUGUAUGCAUAAAUGUUUCUGGUCACUGGAUUUGUUAUUUUUUUGGUACACCAAGCUCAAACUUAGAUCACGAUUCUAGGUUUGAUGCCUUGUCUUUUUACCAGAAGAAAGCAAAAGAGCUUUCUGCAGGUUUUGACAGAAGUGCUGUUUGGUUAGUCUGAAGUAAAAGGUGUUUAUUAUUACCCCAUCUUAUGAACAGAAACAUGACACAAACCUGGUGUAUGUACUGAGUAAAAUAUGGGAAUUAGAUUUUCUUUUGAUACUACUGCAUGUGAAGGUUUUAACUGGUGUUUAGUAAGUUCCAAUUUCUGUGUUCUGCAAUGAGCCCAUGUAUUUGUACAACCAAGUGCUCAGUCCCAUCUGUUGGCAAAUGUGAAAACAAAGCUGUGCCUACAAAUCCUGUUAUAAAGUGCUAAUUAAUAUCUUUGGAACUGCUUUUCAGUUAGAAAUUAUCAUCAUCCAUCAUGCUGGGUGGUUAUUUGAUUCCACGGAACAUACAAACAUUACAUCCCAAGUCAACAGUGUGGAAAUUCUAAAAAACAUUAUUAGGAAGCAUUGCAAAAUAGACAUUAUUUCUACAGAAUUAUUAUACCUUUUUAUUACAUG